AAAUAAAUUACGCAGUACUAUCAUUUUGUGGUGCUAACUGCUACACUAACUGCUACCACCCCUACUUGACUUUCGGCGGCGGCGGCGGCGGCGGCGGCGGCGAUGAUGAUAUUAUCUAUGGAGGCCGUCCUCAUCAAACUCCCCUCCUCCCUCCGCACCAUCCACCCCAACCCUAACCGCACUCUCCGCACCGUCCCCUUCGCUUCCUCCUCCUCCGCUCCCUCACCUCUUUCAACCGACCCGCACCUCGCCCCCGGAUCCCUCGCGCACCUCACCCGCCCCGACUUCCCCAUCCUCCACCAGGAGGUGAAUGGGAAGAGGCUGGUGUAUUUGGAUAACGCCGCCACGUCGCAGAAGCCGGCGGCGGUGGUGAACGCCCUGCGGAAUUAUUACGAAUUCUAUAAUUCGAACGUUCAUCGCGGAAUUCACUAUCUCAGUGCAAAGGCGACGGAUGAAUAUGAGCUGGCGAGGCAGAAGGUGGCGAAUUUUAUAAACGCAUCCGACUGUAGAGAGAUUGUGUUUACGAGAAAUGCUACUGAGGCAAUCAAUUUGGUGGCUUAUAGUUGGGGGCUCUCGAAUCUCAAGGAGGGAGAUGAGGUUAUACUUACCAUCGCUGAACAUCACAGUGCUAUUGUUCCUUGGCAAUUUGUGGCUCAAAAGACUGGUGCAGUGUUGAAGUAUGUAAAUUUAGGAGAGGAUGAAGUUCCAGAUGUAGAAAAGCUAAGAGAAAUGAUCUCAAAGCGGGCCAAACUUGUCGUUGUUCAUCAUGUCUCCAAUGUGCUGGCUUCUGUUCUCCCAAUUGAUCAAGUGGUAAGCUGGGCUCAUGAUGCUGGAGCCAAAGUGCUUGUUGAUGCUUGUCAAAGUGUUCCUCAUAUGGUGGUUGACGUGAGGAGCCUUGAUGCUGAUUUCCUGGUUGCUUCGUCCCAUAAGAUGUGUGGGCCUACAGGCAUUGGGUUCUUAUAUGGUAAAAGUGAGCUCUUAUCUUCCAUGCCUCCUUUCUUAGGUGGUGGUGAAAUGAUAUCAGAUGUAUUUUUAGAUCACUCAACCUAUGCUGAACCUCCAUCUAAAUUUGAAGCUGGAACUCCUGCUAUUGGAGAAGCCAUUGGAUUGGGGGCAGCAAUCGAUUAUUUGUCAGCCAUUGGGAUGCAAAAGAUUCAUGCAUAUGAGGUAAAGCUAGCGAAUUAUCUGUAUGAUCGACUGAGCUCAGUACCCAGCGUCCGUGUCUAUGGCCCUAAACCUUCUAGAAGCGUGACCAGAGCAGCAUUAUGCUCUUUCAAUGUGGAAGGUGUUCAUCCAACCGAUAUUGCAACUUUUCUCGACCAACAGCAUGCCGUCGCAAUUAGAUCAGGUCACCAUUGUGCUCAGCCUCUUCACCGGUAUCUUGGGGUGAGCUCGAGUGCUCGCGCUAGCCUUCAUUUCUACAAUACAAAGGAGGAUGUCGAUGACUUCAUCAAUGCCCUCUCCGACACCAUCGACUUUUUUGCAUCUUUCAAGUAGGGAAAAAUGGUGUAGAAGAAGACAGAUAUGAAUAUUGUUGACAUAUUAUGUAUUUCUAAAUAAGGAAUAACAAAAAAGUAACAAGUUUAUGUUUCGAAAUAACAUACGUGAAACUAUUUUGGUA